AUGAAAUUUGGUGUUCAAACAUGUUUGUUGUCAACAAGAUGGAGGCUUGUCUGGACAUCAAUCCCUUGUUUUAAUUUCUCAAAUCUGGAAUUUGGUUGUUUUCCAAAGUUUUCCGAAUUCGUGACCAAUGUUUUGUCUAAACGCAACCAUCAAAUACAAGUGUCAUCCAUAAACCUACUACUUUUCCAUAUAGAAGCUUGUGAGGAUUUAGUGAGAAAGAUUGCAAAUUAUGCCUUCUAUCACAAUGUCCAACAACUAGAAGUCGGUGGUAAUUGCUUUUUGCGGCAUGAAUUCCCUUCUUGCCUAUUUAGUUCUCAAUCGUUGAAACAUUUUGCACUUGGUAACUGUUCUAUUUCACCAUGCAUUACACCCACAAAACCUUGGGAUUUUCCAGCUUUAACAACUUUGUAUCUCAGUGACUUCAUAUUAGUAUCUCAUAAAACCACUAAAGACUCUCUACAUGAUAAUAUUUUGACCAAGAGUGUCAACUUAAAGAACCUCACUUUGUGCUGGUUCGAUCUCGUGGGUGGUGCAGAGGUAUUUGACAUAGUAGCCCCUCGACUUUCUAAUCUCAUUCUUAUCCACGGAAGAUAUGUAAAAGUCAUGAAUGUGAUUGCACCACUACUUGAGAAUCUGACAAUAACUGACACUUCAUUGAAGUACUUGAAUGCUCCAUCAGGAGUUUCAUCUUUGUGCUAUAAGGGUUAUGAUCCUCCCCUGCAAUUGUCUAAAGAUCAAUUUCACUCCCUAAACCAAGUCAAUAUAUGUUUGGAUUGUUAUCCACAUUUUGAAAAUGCUCGUAAGAUUAUUAACAUUCUUCAAGAGCUCAGUAGUGCCUCAUAUCUAACACUUAAUGUGGAAAUAAUUGAGUGUCUUUCGUUAUUUCCAGAUUUUUUAUCGCACCUUCCAUCACCUUUUGGAAAAUUAAUUUGCUUGAGUAUAGACUCUCACAUGAGUGAGGAUUCAUACAAAGUAAGGAUGUCUAGUGCAACUAGAAACUUCUUGUUUGACAACUCCCAAAACGCGACAUUUACCAUGGAAUUACCCGAGGAAACGCCUGGGCUCGCUUUUAUGCCAACUAACUGGUGGAGGUAUGCACGUAAGUACACUUUCAAACCAUCAUUUGCCAUUGUAGAUGAUCGUCAUUUAUUAAGGAAGAACAAGAAGGAUAAGAAGAAAAAGAAGAAGAUGAAGAAGACGUUAUCACGUAUGGCUGCCGUCAUGGUGAUUAAGAUGGCUUUCCGAGCAUAUGUGAUCCGUAGGUCCCAAGCUCUUUGUGCAUUACGUGAGCUGGCUAUUACAAAGGGGGAAGUGCUUAAAGAUCUCAUGGCGUAA